GCAGCAAGGGCACAUUAUAGUCAUCAACCAUACAGUCCUCAGAACAGAUACAAUGCCAACAACAUGGAUCUCUGAGGCAAACCAUCAUGGACCAUAACACAUCUUUGCCCGUCAUCAAGGAGGGCCACGUCCCCCAAGUGUACCGGACUGCUAGCCUAGUGUUUUAUGGCAUUAUCUUCGUCAUAGGCACAGUGGUCAACCUGACUGCCCUCUGGGUCUUUGCCUUGACCACUAAACGACGGAACUCCAUUACUGUUUACAUGAUCAAUGUCGCUUUAGUGGACUUGGUAUUUAUCUUACUGCUGCCUUUUCGAAUGGUCUACUACAGUCAAGACUACUGGCCCUUUGGAGACGUGUUCUGCAGGAUUAACGCCGCACUAACGGUGCUCUAUCCCUGCCUGGCCUUGUGGCUCUUUGCCCUCAUUAGCACAGAUCGCUAUGUGGCCAUAGUACAGCCGCGACACACCCGAGAACUAAAAAGCGUCCGUAAAGCCUUGCUGUCCUGUGCGGGAGUCUGGAUCAUGACCCUGGGCAGCACAGCUCCGCUUGUUCUCCUGGAAGAAGACCCUGACAGCAACACAAACUAUACCACUUGCAUCAAGAUGCACGACAUCAUCUACUUGCGCCGAGACAAUCCAGUCCACUUCGCACGUAUUGUCUUCUUCUUCUUGGUGCCGGUGUGCAUCAUGGUGGGCUGUUAUAUGAUCAUCGUGGACAACCUUAUCCAUGGACGCACAUCCAAACUGAAGCCCAAAGUCAAGCAGAAGUCCAUCCGGAUCAUCAUCACACUGAUCGUUCAGGUGCUGGUGUGCUUUGUGCCUUUCCACAUCUGUUUUGUUUCCAUGCUGCUGGCCAGCAGUGAGAGGGGUUACAACACCUGGGGGGCCUUCACCACCUUCCUGAUGAAUGCGAGCACAGUGCUGGACAUCAUACUCUUCUACAUUGUGUCGAAGCAGUUUCAGGACCGUGUGAUCAGCGUGAUCUUGUACAGAAACUACCUGAGGAGCGUUCGUAGGAAGAGCCGUCACACCAACAGCAUUCGCUCGCUCAGCAACCUGAACAGUGCCAUGAUCUGAGGAAUAAUACAGCUGACAGAAGCAAUGUAAACUGAAUUCAAACAUGUUAAUUUUUGCAAUUAAAUUAGAGAAUAAGAUUUAUUAGUGAAACUGCUCGCAGUAAGUACGCAGUCAACUUACGAGACAGGUCACAUGUGCUCCAGUGUCUUCAUUGGUAGUUGCUGCAUUGCAUCACUGCUCAUUUGCAUAAAGUUAAACUUUUAUCAGUUUUGCUGCCAAACACACAUCACCACACACUGAACAAUUACUUAUGCUGCAAAUCGCUUUAUGUGUGAAUACACCCUAAGACAAACAUGUGUUGUUUUAAAGAUUUAGAGUUUUUAAAGUUGAGAAAGAUUCAAGUUCUAAAUUGGGAUGCUACAGUUAGAGCCAUAUAUAAUGUAGUAUUAAUAAAAUGUUUAGUUUUCUCGUAUACUUGUAAAAAAUAGGCCAUUGUGGGGAUGCACUG